AUGGUUCAUCUAUCUUCAAUCGCAGCAGCCCUGGCUGCUCUGCCUCUCGUAUAUGGAGCUGGCCUGAACACAGCAGCCAAAGCCAAAGGACUAAAGUACUUUGGCUCCGCUACUGACAACCCGGAGCUCUCGGACUCUGCGUAUGUCGCGCAACUGAGCAACACCGAUGACUUUGGUCAGAUCACUCCCGGAAACUCCAUGAAGUGGGAUGCCACCGAGCCUUCUCAGAAUUCUUUCUCGUUCUCAAACGGAGACGCCAUUGUCAAUCUGGCGAACAAGAAUGGCCAGAUGAUGCGGUGCCAUACUCUGGUCUGGCACAGUCAGCUACCCAACUGGGUCUCUAGCGGGUCAUGGACCAAUGCAACCCUUUUGGCGGCCAUGAAGAACCAUAUCACCAACGUGGUCACUCACUACAAGGGGAAGUGCUAUGCCUGGGAUGUUGUCAAUGAAGCCCUGAACGAGGACGGUACCUUCCGUAACUCCGUCUUCUACCAGAUAAUCGGCCCAGCAUACAUUCCUAUUGCGUUCGCGACUGCUGCCGCCGCAGAUCCCAACGUGAAACUCUACUACAACGACUACAACAUUGAAUACUCCGGCGCCAAAGCGACUGCUGCACAGAACAUCGUCAAGAUGGUCAAGGCUUACGGAGCGAAGAUUGACGGCGUCGGUCUCCAGGCACACUUCAUUGUCGGCAGCACUCCGAGCCAAUCGGCUCUGACGACCGUCUUGCAGGGCUACACUGCUCUCGGCGUAGAGGUGGCCUAUACCGAACUUGACAUCCGCAUGCAGACGCCCUCGACCGCCGCAAAGCUGGCUCAGCAGUCCACUGACUUCCAGGGCGUGGCCGCAGCAUGCGUUAGCACCACAGGCUGUGUGGGUGUCACUAUCUGGGACUGGACCGACAAGUACUCCUGGGUCCCCAGCGUGUUCCAAGGCUACGGCGCCGCAUUGCCUUGGGAUGAGAACUAUGUUAAGAAGCCGGCAUACAAUGGCCUGAUGGCGGGUCUUGGAGCAAGCGGCUCUGGCUCCACAACGACGACGACGACUACCACUACUACUACAGGAGGUGCAGGGCCUACUGGAGUCGCUCAGAAAUGGGGACAGUGCGGCGGUAUCGGCUGGACGGGGCCAACAACUUGUGUCAGUGGAAGCACUUGCCAGAAAGUGAAUGACUGGUACUCGCAGUGCCUGUAA